CUGUGUACGACAAGAAUCGCCGUUGCGUGCCACUGGAUUCAUCAGAUUCCUUCGUCCUGUACAGGUCUUCACUCACAUCCUCGGAAAGAGAAAGCCUCUGGGUUUUGAUUGCGGAGGAAUCAAAUUCGACGGAAUGAUGCAGCGAGCCGUUGAUAACGUCCUCGCUGUUACCAAAGAAUCAGUAAAGACCUUCACUUUUGAGUCUUUGAACAACAUCGUGAGAUUUAUCAAUGGGUUAUCAGCACUUCUAUUGACCAUUUUGCCAGGAAAGGCAAAUAUUCUUGAAGGUUUCCAUGGCUGGGAGCUCAGGCCUACUUUUCGUGGACCUCGAUUUCCACGCUGGAUGGAAAAAGGUGCUUCGUCAUUCAACCAGUUCAUCCAUGAGCUUUCUGUGGAUUCUGAUACUUCUAGUGUGGAUUAUUCUUCUGGAGAAGAAGAUGACCAUGAUGGAAUAUACCCCCUAUCACCAACAUCUCAAAGUUCACGAGUCUCCAGAACUAGCACCCAGGGUAACUGCAGCUGGCAUUGGACUGACUGGAUUGCAUACAUAUUUUCUUGGAUACUCCUACCCGCUAAGUUUCUCUUUGGGGUACCAUUUCAUCUUUUCCAUGUAUCUUAUAUGAGACAAUCAAGGGCUCCAGCUACUCCACGAAGCCCCAGGCCUUUGCAUUUUCAUUCUAUCAAGAAACCUCAUGCCCCCAAGGACCACGUUGUUUACCGUACCACUGACAGGAGACGUGGAGUCAUUGAGGAUCUUCAUCUGGCUAUUGAGAUUUUCAUUGAAGCUAUAUUUGACAUGUUUCACAAGGCUGCUUAUUUUCUACUUUCCCCAACAGAGGCAUUCAAAAUAAUCCACGGAUGGUUUACAUCUCUGAGAAGUGAUGUUAAAGAUGUUCACCCUGGUGUUUCUGAUGCUUAUGUCACUAGUACCACUCUUGGAUCAGAUGAUCCUGCUGUUACAGAAAGGAAAAUGACUAUUUACCAGUCACUCAAUACAGAUGCUAGGACAUGUCAGGAUGUCAUUACAGAGAUGGGGUACCCAUAUGAAGCUAUUCAUGUCAUCACUUCUGAUGGAUACGUUCUUCAUUUGGAAAGAAUUCCUAGACGUGAUGCUCGAAAAGCAGUUUACCUACAGCAUGGAAUUUUUGAUUCAUCUAUGUGUUGGGUUUCUAAUGGUGUUGUUGGGUCUCCGGCUUUUGCUGCCUAUGAUCAAGGGUAUGAUGUUUUCCUUGGGAAUUUUCGUGGUUUCGUUUCUCGGGAACAUGUGGACAAGAAAAUUUCAUCGCAACGAUACUGGCGGUAUUCCAUCAAUGAGCAUGGGACUGAGGAUAUUCCAGCCAUGCUAGAGAAGAUCCAUGAGGUCAAAACUGCUGAAUUGAAAAUUAGCAAUCCUGAUGAAGAAACAAGCCAUGAACAACCUUACAAACUCUGUGCUAUCUGCCAUAGCUUGGGAGGGGCUGCUGUAUUAAUGUAUGUUAUAACGUGCCAGAUUGAAGAGAAACCCCACAGGCUCUCAAGAUUAAUUUUGCUAUCGCCUGCAGGCUUCCAUGAGGAUUCUACUAUAGUCUUUACAGCAAUAGAGUAUCUGUUGUGUCUUUUAGCUCCUAGUAUGGCACCGCUUGUGCCUGCCUUUUAUAUUCCAACCAGAUUCUUCCGCAUGCUGUUUAACAAGUUGGCAAGGGACUUCCAUAAUUAUCCUGCAGUUGGAGGACUAGUUCAAACACUAAUCGGUUAUGUUGCAGGUGGAGACAGUUCAAAUUGGGUUGGCGUGAUAGGCUUACCUCACUAUAACAUGAAUGAUAUGCCAGGAGUUUCUCUUCGUGUGGCUCACCACCUUGCACAAAUAAAAAGAUCCAGACGAUUUAGAAUGUAUGAUUAUGGGAGUGCAUCAGUCAACAUGGAGUUGUAUGGAUCUCCAGAGCCCUUAGACUUGGGUGAAUACUAUGGACUAAUUGAUAUUCCUGUUGAUCUGGUCGCGGGUCAGAAGGAUCAGGUAAUUCGACCUUCAAUGGUAAGAAAGCACUACAAGUUGAUGAGGGAUUCAGGUGUGGACGUAUCAUAUAAUGAAUUCGAGUACGCACACUUGGACUUCACUUUCGCCCACCAUGAAGAACUCUUGGCAUAUCUAAUGUCCUGCCUGCUUCUUGUGGAGCCUGCUCCAAAGCAUCAAUCUAGCAACAAGACUGUAAAGUUGAAAAAGAAAGGGCAGCAAAGCCUCUAGCAGGUGAAGUUCUGGCUUUUGGAUUUGACAUGGGUUUGAUCUAUCUUUAGAUGCAAUGUUGUUGUACAUAAUUACAUCCGUGUAAUUAGCAUAGAGCGAGAGUAAACAUGUCUCAUGUUCCCUAUAAAUUUUCUCUUUCGGGAGCAAGAUGGGAGAUUGCUCAUUGAUUGGCGCUUUGUAGGAUGUAACACUGUAACAGGGUUGAAACUUUUGUUUGUUUGCCUAUUAGAGAAAUUUCAUGUUCUCAGAAAUUACCUAAUAGCAUUCUCUGGCGUGGAAUUGUUACUCCC